CAUAUUUUUCACACCAUCGAAGUAAAUUUCACGUCUAGUAACGUAAAAUAAAGAAAACAAUUACCUUUCGCCGUUUGGCGUGAGGUUCGUCGAAUAUGUAGUUUUAUAGGCAACUCGCUGAACUCGGUUAAAAUCCGCCGUGUCAUCCAGCAAAGCUAUCUCAUUUAUACACGUUUUAAAGAUUUACGAAUCGACGAGCCUGUGUAUUGUUUUACACUCUGUUGUUGAAAUAAAAAGACGGUUCAUAUGUGUGUUCGAUGUAGUUCUUGCCGAUUAUGGUGAUUCAUGUGUAUAUUUUUAUUCCGCCAAGCGAGACUACUUCCUUACGCCUUAACAAGUUACCUGUAUAGAUGUGUAUGCGUCAAGUUCUAUCAGCCUCAUUUGCCAAAGUUUAUAAAAUAUAAAAACAGCAAUGCAAAGACCCAUAUAUAUUGCAUGGGAAGGACGAAUGACGAACAAAAAAGAAAGAGAGUUCCACGUAGGCGGUUUAGUUCCAUACUGCCGCCAAAUAGAAUAACUUUGACUGCUUCCUAACCUUGGGUAAAAUUUUCAAAUAUAGCUAAAUACAAGAAUGGGAAACGGUAAAACAUCAGUGGUGGCUGCCACGGUUGUUGCCCUUGUACUCACGACUAUUCUGGCGUACUUCAUGUCAAUGGAGAACGAAAGCGGGGCGCUGUGUAAAACAAAGGCAUGUAUAAAUGCAGCUACAAGAGUUUUGAAUUCGUUGGACACGAUGUACGAUCCAUGCAACAAAUUUUAUCAGUAUUCAUGCGCUGGAUGGUUGAAAAAUAAUCCUAUUCCGGAGGACAAGCCAACAAUUAAUCAGUUCAGUUUUACAGCGGAAAGAACUCAAAAGCACCUUCGAGAGCUUUUAAAUUCUGAUUCAUCGAACGAUAGAGAUGCAAUUAAGAAGGCAAAAACUUUUUACAAAGCGUGUGUGGAUCAAGAUAUUGUUGAAAAGUUAGAUGCUCAGCCAGCUUUGAAUUUGAUUAAAAAUUACGGAGGUUUGCCUUUGUUUGGGGAUGCAUUCGAUGAAGAAUCUUUCAGCUUGGAAAUGCUGCUUGCCAGAGCAAAAAACAGAAUAUAUUACUUUUUCUAUGGUAUUUCAUCACCGUUAAUUAACAUGGACGUUAAAACCGACGAUCGAAACUCAAGUUCAUAUAUUAUCACGCUUGAUCAACCUCUUCUGGGAAUAACAAAUCCGGAAUCGUACGUCGACUCGAAAUCCAAUGCUACUUUACUUGGAUAUAAAACUUAUAUGCGGGACUAUCUAGCAGAAUUAUGGAAGAGUGCAAAUAAGGUGAAUGAAUCCGGUACAUAUAAUGAAACUGAUCUAGAAAGAGGAUUGGACGAAAUUAUUCAACUUGAAACAGACUUGGCAAAGAUAGUUGAACCCAUGAGCGCUCGUAUCGAUAUCCUGAACAUCUAUAAUAAGAUGAAACUCGCAGAAAUGCCAAAUAAAAUAUCGGCAGAUUUUGAUUGGUUAAAAUUUACUAAUCAAAUUAUGAAACGAGUUGACAUCAAAGUCAAUCCUAAAACUGAAGUUGUUCUUUAUGGAACUCCUUAUUUAACCAAACUUAUGUCGGUUUUGAAGAAGUACAACAAAAGGGUUCUUCAGAAUUAUGUAAUAAUAUACAAUCUCAUGAGACACAAUCAUCUUCUAUCGAAGAAGUUCAGGGAUACCAGAGCGCCUUUCAACAAAGCUAUUCUAGGGACAGCAGAAGAGAAGCCAAAAUGGCAAGAUUGCAUAUCAUCUGCAAACAUGUUAUUACGACUACCGGUUGGGGCAAUCUACGUCAAAGCCUUAUUUCCUGAGAAAAACAAAAAUACAGUAGUUGAAAUGACAGAAAAUGUUAUCGAUGCGUUUAAAGACGAUAUAUCCAGAAAUACAUGGAUGGGCGAAAGUACCAAAAAGUUUGCAUUGGGGAAAGUCGAUCAAGUUGCCAAACUAAUUGGUUACCCUGAAUACAUUGUUGACGAAGAAAAUCCUAGACUAGACGACGAAUACAAGGAUCUAUUUGUAACAGAUAAAAAAUAUUUUGAAUCAGAGCAAAAUUUGUAUAAUUUUGAGUUGGAUCAAUCUUUGAUGAAAUUGAAUCAACACGUGGAUAGACAAAAAUGGGAAAUUGGUCCAGGCCAAGUGACUGCUUUUUACAAUAGAAACUUCAACCGGAUGACUUUUCCUGCAGCCAUUUUGCAAAUCCCGUUUUUUGAUCCUGGACAGCCAUUCGCAAUGAAUUUUGCAGGUGUUGGUGAUGCAAUGGGACAUGAGUUAACGCAUGGAUUUGAUACAGCUGGUUCAAGAUACAACGGAUUGGGUAAUCUUGAAAAUUGGUGGACAAAUUCUUCCAGAAAAAAUUUUGAACAAAGAGCAUCCUGUUUCAGAAAGCAAUACGCGAAUUUUUACUAUAAACCAGCAGAAAUGUUUGUUAAUGGUAAUCUCACAAUUGGCGAGAACAUUGCAGAUAAUGGAGGAAUAAGAUUAGCAUAUCAACAUCAUAGAUAUUACAGCAGCCGACAGCAAGAAAUUUCUUCAUCAGGACUUGGAACUUUAUGCGUUCAGAUAGUUAGUGCCUAA